AUGCAUUUCGUUCCCACAAUCUCAGAGAUUGCUGAGAGCCGCUCGAACGGAAGCCUUUCCGACCUCCCCAGCGCACCCUCCGAUCUGACCGCGAAAGACUUCUAUGUGUCGGGAUCCAGGUGGGGGCAAAUACACCUCAAGGCUCUACGAGUACAACUCAUUGAGCCAGUGUCGCCGGAACGAGUUUUCCCCGGCGAGUUUCUCCCGGGGUCUGACGACCCAGUUUUCACGGAACUAAGAACUGAAAUAAUGAAAGCCUCUGAGGACACUCUGAAGGAUUGGUACCUGGUCGCAUCUGACUUCGCACACAACCGUUUUGUCGGCUUGUUCGCUGAUCUAGCAACACUCAUGACUACAAGGCCUGCUCACGUUGAGGGCACGAUCGCACAUGAGCGCGAUCCAAGCCCGGAGUCAGACUUAUCCACAGAAUCGAACGAAGAUCAGGAUGAAGAGCUGUCACGCCUGGUCUUCAGUGAUCUACUAAGAAAAUAUCUCUUUUAA